AUGCGAGGCUCCACAGAGAUCUUCAAUCUCGUCAACUGUGACGGUGCCUCCGCCGCCGAUCUAUGGGCGGCCCUUCGUCAGCUCUUCCAGGACAACGUCGACGCUCGCGCCAACAAUCUCCACACCGAGCUUCGGAAUAUGGUGCAAGGUGAUUCACCAGUCGGCGUCUACUGCCAACGCCUCAAGGCGAUCGCGGAUGAACUCCGCGAACUUGGUGAUCUGAUCGACGAUCGCCAGCUCAUCAACGUCCUCCUCGUCGGCCUCAGCGAGCGGUUCGAGAAGCAGGCCUCCUUCAUCCCUAUGAUGCGUCCGCGUCCCUCCUUCGCCAAGGUUCGCUCGAUGCUCCAAUGGGCCGAUCGUGCCCUAACUACGAAGGACUCCCGUCCUCAGGUCUUCACUGCUUCUCCUCGCCCGCCUGCGUCGACACCGCCACCUCCACCAACAGCACCUUCUCAACCAUCCGGCUGGCGUCCAAGUCCCAACUACAGGGGAAAAAACCCUAGGCCGCCGCAGUUCCGCACGGCGCCCACUCCUGCUCCGCCCCCGGCUCCACCAACUGCACCACCACCGUCCCCGGCUUCAUCAACUGCACCAAUACUGUGA